AUGUCGGCGGCGGCGGCGGCUAUGGUUCCGGAGGUGGAGGCAACGGUGGCGGCGGCGGCGGCGGCUAUGGUUCCGGAGGUGGAGGCAACGCAGGUGGCGGUGGCGGCGGUGGCUACAGCUCUGGAGAAGGUGGAGGCAACAGAGCGGCGCAGCCGGCGGCUAUGGUUCCGGAGGUGGAGGCAACGGUGGCGGCGGCGACGGUUAUGGUUCCGGAGGUGGGAAAACGGUGGCGGUAGCAGAGGCGGUGGCAGCGGUUAUAGUUCUGGAGGUGGAGGCAACGGUGGCGGUGGCGGCGGCAGCUAUGGUUCCGGAGGUGGAGGCAACGGCGGUGCGGGUGGCGGCGUUGGCUACAGCUCUGGAGGAGCUGAAGGCAACAGAGGUGGGGGUAGCGGCGCCGCCGGCAGCUAUGGUUCCGGAGGUAGAGGCAACGGCGGUGGAGGCGGUGCCUACAGCUCUGGAGGAGGUGGAGGCAACAGAGGUGGGGGUAGCGGCGCCGCCGGCAGCUAUGGUUCCGGAGGUAGAGGCAACGGCGGUGGCGGCGGUGGCUACAGCUCUGGAGGAGGUGGAGGCAAAAUCGGUGGCGGUGGAGGUACAACAGGCGGCUAUGGUUCCGGCGGUGGAGGAAGCAGAGCCAAGGCAUCCGUAAGCUUCAACCUUUUGCCUGUUCGAGGUGGAUCUGGUGGUGGCUACAGACGUGGCAACGGUGGUGGAGAAAGUGGCAACGGAGGUGGAUCUGGUGGUGGCUAUGGAGGUGGCAACAGUGGUGGUGGAGGUGGCAACGGAGGUGGAUCUGGUGGUGGCUAUGGAGGUGGCAACAGUGGUGGAGGAGGUGGCAACGGAGGUGGAUCUGGUGGUGGCUAUGGAGGUGGCAACAGUGUUGGAGGUGGCAACGGAGGUGGAUCUGGUGGUGGCUAUGGAGGUGGCAACAGUGGUGGUGGAGGUGGCAACGGAGGUGGAUCUGGUGGUGGCUAUGGAGGUGGCAACAGUGGUGGUGGAGGUGGCAACGGAGGUGGAUCUGGUGGAGGCUACAGAGGUGGCAACAGUGGUUGUAGAGGUAGCAACGGUGGUGGAUCUGGUGGCUGCUACGGAAAGUAAAGAGCAGCUCAAACAGAAUCGAAUCCUACAUAAGAUGAACUCGAUUUUAAAUAUGAAACGAAUCGAGGACCUUGACAAGCGUUGUUAAUUUUUUCUCUUCACAAAUAAAACACCAAAUCCUUAUUUUUUCUUCAAAUUUUGAAACCAAUAAUGAAAUUUUUCAUUAAUAGUAUUUUGUUGAUAAUGUCAAACACGAUUUAACCUGAAGACUAUGAUGUGAAGUUAGUUAAGUAAAUCACACCGUUAAUUAUUUUGGUUGAUGUCACUAAGUUGUAUUUAUAAAUCAUUAUUUAUUAAUUCUUCUCUGUAAAAUAAAACUCACUCUUCUUUAACUGUUGCAUGUUCCUGUAAUGCAUAAUGAUGAUGUUGAUUAUGAUGAUAUUUUCUUCAAUAAAUGAGUUGGGUAAUGA